AGCAACAGUUGCCCCGGUGAGGACGAGGCGCCAUAGUCACGGUAGUCGUGGCGACAAGAACCCAGCAACGAGAAUCAACAACAAUUUGAAAGGUUUAAGAAAAUAUAACUGCGCGCCAAACUAACAGCAUUCAACAAGAAGCGAAAGAGAGAUUUUGGCUGUUGUCGUGAUGGCAACUUCAGGCUACUCUGCUGAGGAACUUCAGCCCUCCCAAACACAUGGGGGCAGCAUUACAACAUCAUCGUCAGCAAAGCAAAAAGCCCCUUCCACCACCACACCCCAGUUUCUUCCCGACUUACAGAACUCGCCGGGGUCUGCAACUUCACAGUCAGAUGCCAUCGCGAGAGCACAAGCCACGCCCUCUGUAAGUCAGAAGAAGGCUGUUUUGGCCACGCCUCCUCAGAGAGCCACUACAGCAGCACAGUAUGUCGCAGGAAAGGUACAAAGCUCCGCCUCCCCGCCAGGAAACAGCCAGAGCACCUCACAGUUUAUAGUGGUGACAGUUACUGAGGGCUCUCUUCACUCAAAUGACUCUGCGUCAGACUCUAAUUCUCCUCCCACUGGACAGACAAGUGUUCCCACACAGGUAGUGCAACAGGUGCAGACAGCACAGCAGAGGUCAGUGGUGCAGGCCACAACCAAGAGUCAAAGUGGACAACUCGGGGUCAGCAAUCUGCACAUCACACCAGAGGUCCCUGUCCAGCAUGUGUACUCCAGUCAGUUUGUGGAGGGAGACACCAACUACAACAAUACUACAAUUCGUUCCAGUAGUUACCCAUACACAGACUCCUCCCUCUACCCUCAGACCACGCCCUCUGUCACUUACUAUGAGACCUCACCCACAUCCGGAUCACAGGUCACGUCCCCUGCCACCACUCAGGCUGUGUCUAUGACAACAGGGGCGGGCACAGGAGGGGUCACUAUGUUCUCAGAUGGCACUUCAGGGAUAACGAUGGCAGCGGGUGGGUCCUCGUUGGGUGUGGGUGGGGCAGGAGGUGGAGUCAGUCUUGGAGGAGUGGGGAGUUAUGUGAUUCAGGGUGGAUAUAUGCUUGCAGGAGCUAGUGGAGUGAACCAGAAUUUCGCACACAACACACGGGCCUCACCUGCGACUGUGCAGUGGUUGAUGGAUAACUACGAGACAGCCGAAGGUGUUAGUCUUCCUCGCUGCACUCUCUACUGUCAUUACCAGCUGCACUGCCAGCAGACCAAGCUGGAGCCCGUGAAUGCCGCCUCCUUUGGCAAACUCAUCCGCUCUGUGUUCAUGGGCCUCAGGACCAGACGUCUCGGCACCAGAGGGAACUCUAAAUACCAUUACUAUGGCCUGAGAAUCAAGAACAGCUCUCCUCUACACAGACUGGUGGAGGAUCAGCAACACCUGGCCUUGAGACAACAACCCUACUCACAGAAACACAGGAUAAAGCCUGUGCAGAAGGUGGAGGGAUUGACCAAUGGGAUGGCUCUGGGGGCGGGGCAGCAGCAGGGGGUGGGGCUGUCAGACAUCAGUGCUCAGGUUCUCCAGUAUCAGCAGUUUUUGGAUGCAUCUCAGAGUCUACCGGAGUUCUCUGGGCUGAAGAUUGAGGAUAACUCUAUACCAGAAGGACUCCUCCCACAACAUAUACACACCUAUCUGGUUCUCUACAGAGAGCACUGUGAGGCGAUUCUGGACGUGUUGGUAAACCUGCAGUUUCCUCUUGUGGAGACACUGUGGAAGAGUUUCUGGAGGUUCAGCGAAGGACAAACCAGCGACACAGACAUGCUUGACCUUCAUGAUGAAUCAGAGAAGCGUUUGCCAAAGUCAGUUCUGGUUCUGUUGUGUAAAUAUGAGCCGGUUCUGAGCUGGACCCGUGAAUGUGACAACAUACUGUACCAAAACCUAGUGGAGAUGCUCAUCCCUGAUGUCCUGAGACCUAUACCCAGUGCCUUAACUCAAGCCAUCCGUAACUAUGCUAAGAGUCUGGAGAACUGGCUCACCAAUGCCAUGAUCAACAUCCCAGAGGAGAUGGUGCGCAUCAAGGUUGUAUGUGCAGGAGCGUUUGCUCAGACUCUACGGCGUUACACGUCUCUCAAUCAUCUGGCUCAGGCAGCUCGCGCCGUCCUGCAGAACACAGCUCAAAUUACACAGAUGCUCAGCGACCUCAACCGCGUUGACUUCACCAACGUACAGGAGCAGGCAUCAUGGGUAUGUGGUUGUGAAGAUGGUGUGGUGCAGCGGUUGGAGCAGGACUUUAAACUCACCCUACAGCAGCAGAACUCUCUGGAGCAAUGGGCUGCAUGGCUGGACCGGGUCGUCUCACAGGUCCUGAAACCCUACACCGAAAGCCCAGCAUUCCCCAAAGCUGCCAAACUCUUUCUGCUCAAAUGGAGCUUCUACAGUUCUAUGGUCAUCAGAGAUUUGACUCUGCGCAGUGCGGCCAGUUUCGGCUCGUUUCAUCUGAUCAGGCUGCUGUAUGAUGAGUACAUGUAUUACCUGGUCGAACACAGAGUCGCACAGGCCAAAGGAGAGACGGCCAUCGCUGUCAUGGGAGAGUUUGCCAGUCUGAACCGAGGUCAGAGGUCAAUGGACCCAGAUAAAGAUGAGGAAGAGGAGGAAGACGAUGAGACCGAUGAAGAUCAGGAAAUGUCUGUUCUUGUCGAAUCUGGUGUGUUGGGGGAGGAGUCUCUGGAGCCACCGACAAAACUCGCCAGAACAGACCUGUUCAGCAACAGCACACAAAACUAACACACACGCACAUUAUUUGUUUUAUUGUUCAUGUCAUCAUCUCUCCUGUCAGUCCUUUAUUUGAUCCAGCUCAUGUACAUUCACACGUUUAUCAUCAGUCUAUGUGCUGAAAAUUAACAUUUGUGCUAAACAAUCAUCUUUGAGAGUCAGUUUUGGACUCAACCGCGCUUAAAUUCUUCGGAUAUUGAAGAAGUUUCAGUGCAUUGACAGACUAGAGUCAUAACUUUCUCAUCAUAAGCUGUCAGUGAUUAUGGAAAGUGAGAUGCCUCAAAUGUACACAGUACACACAUUUUCAUUGCCUUCCUAUUUUCAUUCAAUGCUGCCAUGUUUUCCAUGUGUUUUGACUCUGUGAGAUCCUGUUCCGCUGCCUGAUUGAACACAUCCACAACCAUAGCACAACAGCUAUUAACAUACAUAACAUCGCUGCUGUUGUCCCAUUGUGGACACAGAAGACUGAAUAUUAUAACAGGGUCAUAAGGUCGAUGUCAUGCUGCCAUAGCAACCAUCUUUUCCCAAAGCCCAUCAUACCUUACAUUGUUCUGUUGUCCCCUUAAAGGAAUAGUUCACCUUAAAAUAAUAACUCUUAUUUCGUCUCAAACUCGUAUGACUUUUUCCGCGGAGCACAAAUGAAGGUAUUUUAAUGGAAAUAUGAGGUCUGUUUGUCCAUUUAAUGCAAGUGAAAUGAGACCAAAAAUGUGAAGCUCAAAAAUAGCACAUAAAAGUAAUCCAUAUGACACCAGUGGUUUAAUCCAAGUCUUCAGAAGAGUCUCUGUAAUCAAGCUUGAAAUCAUGAUCGUGCCCAGAGACUGCUAUGGCAAGAUGUACAGUGAAAAAGGAGUUAUAAUUCGGUUUGUUCUCACCCAAAACCGAUAGGAUUGCUUCUGAAGUCAUGGAUUAAACCACUGGAGUCUUACGGAUUACUUUUGUGCUGCAUUUAUGUGCUUUUUGGAGCUUGAAAAUGUGGUCACCAUUCAGUUGAAUUGGACAAACAGACUUAAUUUCUCUAUUAAAAUGUCUUUGUGUUCUGUGGAAGAAUGAAAGUCAUACAAGUCUAAAACAAUCAGGACAUUGUCAUUUUAGGGUGAACUAUACCUUUAAACGUUAAGACUCUAGGAAACGAUUUUGCCUUCACAGCAUUAAUGCCACACACCCUUUCAUGCUUAUAAUGGGAUAAACCUGUUACUUGGAGAACUAACUUUUUUUUUUAAGAAUGAAAACUAAAUAUAUGCAGUAAAUGAUUGUUGUGCUUUAACCUGCUUUUGAAUUUUGAAGCUUGUGAUUUGGCCAGAAAGGAAAUUAUGUUAAUGAAUCGAAUGUGCCUUUAAAAGAAUGAUUAUAUCAAGAGAUCCAUAAACGAAUAAAUAAAUGCUGAAAAUAAUCAUGAUGAAGCUUAAGUUGUCUCUUAACCCGAUGUUUCGUACUCAGAAGGAGCAUUAUGUGCAUGAACCUGGAAUUACUUGCACCCAGUCUGAAGGACAAUAAAGAGAUCUUUAUGGAGAUCUAAACUCUUGAAGA